AUUUAUUUACUAGUGUUUUAAGGUCAUUUUCCUCAUUUUAUUCAUAUAUAAAGUGCUAGAGUUUAAUAUAGGAUGCAAGAGGAUUCUCGUAUAGAUUUAACAUUCUUAUUAAACUCUUCUGGCCAAUCUCCGUCUGAAGAUAGCAUAGUCAACUUUCUUUCAAGUAGAUACAAACGUAAUCAACCAUAUACCCAUGCAGGUCAUUCAAACCUUAUUGUUGUUAAUCCAUAUCAGCCUUUGGAAAUACUUAAUGAUGCUACACUUCGGUCAUAUGCUGAUGUAGGUUAUAGAAACUUGGUUGAAAAUAAACCUUUUAUGCAGCCUCAUGUAUAUGAUUUAGCUGCUAAAAUUUAUUUUCAUAUGCGAAGGACAGGUGAAGAUCAAAGUAUUAUUUUAAGUGGUAUUACUGGUUCUGGUAAAAGUACAACAAAAUCUCAUUUACUUAAUGAACUUCUUUUAUUAUCAACUCAUUCUAAAAAGGAAAAUAAACUUCAACAACAAAUUAAAAGUUCAAUUGUUAUUCUUGAAGCAUUCGGUCAUGCAAAGACAACUCAAAAUAAUUCAGCUUCAAAGUUUGGUAUGUUUCAAGAGCUUCAAUUUUCUGAACGAGGUCGUAUUGUGGGUGCAAAAACAUUAACAUUUGCAUUUGAUAAAACUCGAGUCACUUUUGCUCCAAAAGAAGAACGUUCAUUUAAUGUCUUUUAUUCUCUUUUGGCUGGUACAAGUCCAGAAGAACAAACUGCUCUUCAUAUUAAUUUUCCUCCAGAAUCUUUUAAUUAUCUUAAUCAAUCCAAGACAAUCAAGGUACCGGAAAUAAAUGAUGAAAUCGCCUUUGCCGACCUCAAAAGUUCUCUCAAAAUUUGUGGGUUUAAGGCCAAGACAGUAACACAAAUCUUUCAACUUCUUGCUUGUAUUUUACAUAUUGGUAAUCUUCAAUUUCAAGAGGGUCAUGAUGCUGGUAAUAUAGCUCAGGAGGCUUGUUCAGUUAGGAAUAUGGACGUGCUUGAAGUCGUCGCUGUCAUGUUGGGUGUCUCACCAUCCAAGUUGGAACAAUCACUGACUUAUAAACUGAGAUUGAUUCGAAAGGAACUUUGUACAAUGUUUUUAAAUACCCAGGGUGCGACUGAACAAAGAGAUGCUCUUGCUCGGGCCCUUUAUCAUGUUCUCUUCUUAUGGAUAGUCGAAUCCAUCAAUACUAAAAUAUGUUAUAAUGAUGGUGAGCCUGCUAAUUUUGUAGGUAUCUUGGAUCAAUUUGGGUUUCAGAACUUUAAAUCAAAUGGAUUUGAAGAGUUUUGUGCAAAUUUUGCUAAUGAACGUGUACAUCAAUUUAUCAUUGAUCAAAGAUUUAAUGAUCAUGAGGGUUUAAAUGCUAGCAUGAUUCGUGAUGGUGUUUUACUUCCCAAGGUGAUUACAAUGGAUAACUCUGCUUGUUUAGAACUCUUGAUAGGUAAAGAGCAUCAUUAUUAUCAUCAUCAACAACAACAACAACAAGAUCAUCUUUCUACAAGAGAAAAGGGUGUAAACAAAUCUGCUGCUCUUGGCUUAGGCGGUAUUGUGGGUGUCAUGGAUAGAGAUUGUGCUAAAUACCAAACAGGUGCUACAGAUGCUACGAAUGCUAAUUUUUUAGCCAACGUUCAACGUUCCUAUGGAUCUCAUUCAUCCUUUGCCAAAUCUGGACAUGCUUAUUCCUUUGGUAUUCAUCACUUUUCGGGAACUGUUCAUUAUACUGUAGAUUCUUUCUUGGAGAAGAACUUGGAUGAUUUAUCACCCGAUUUUGUCAGUCUCUUGCGUGACAAUAGCACGAAUUCAUUUGUAUCCACUCUAUUUGAAAGCUCAGCUAUGGCUACUGAAUCUCACCCAAAGGAUAAUACAACGAUCGUAAAAGCUCAAUUAACGAGUAAGCCAACACGUGCUCCUUCCAUGAAACGACCUAAUAAACGUCGAAACAACACAAUUAGUGAAAAGUCAACAUUGACUCCCGAAAAUGGAGAUGCAGACGAGAUGCGUAAACAAAAACUGAUUAGGGAUGCAGAGGAGGCCUAUCAAAAUAUGCAGGUUACCACUGUCAUGGAUCAACUCUACAUGACAGUACGUGAUCUCUUCUAUACUAUGUCUGACACACGUCUUUACAACAUCAUACAUAUUAGACCUAAUGAUUCACAGAGUCCGGAUUUAUUUGAUUCAAAACGAGUCAAGGCACAAGUGAGGGCGUUAUUGUUACCUGAUUUAACACUACGAUCUUCAGUCGAUUAUGCUAAUUAUUAUACCUAUGGGGAGUUCUUGGUGCGUUACGAAAGACUCGUGACCUCAUUACAGAUUGAUCCGUCCAAGUCCGAACAUGAUCAGGUGGCUGAUGUACGAGCGAUCAUGAACUGGUCGGACGAAGAUGCCUAUUUAGGUCACGAGAUGAUUUGGAUCGCCUAUAGAACUUGGAAAGAAUUAGAAGAUAAUUUACGUGCGGCAGAGAAGGAAGAGCGUGAUCGGGCUAAAGGACUUGAUCCUAAACAAGAGAUGUUAACUGCUGCUGCUGUUGCUGCUGGUGGUGGUGUUGGUGUUGGUGGUGUUGGUGGUGUUGGUGGUGUUGGUGGUGUUGGUGGUGUUGGUGGUGGUGAAGAUCAUAAUCCAAAUAUGAUGGCUAUGGAUAAUUAUUAUCAAAAUAGUCAAGAUCGUCUUUUGCCAAUUGGAUACAUGGAUGAAGGGCAUGUUCGUGCUUAUGAAGAUGGUGCUAGUUAUGUAGAUAGUGAGGAUGGUCUGAAGCGUGAUAUGGAAGGAAGUCAAUGGGGUGAAGAAUCUGAAUGGGGAAUGAAAGGAUUAUCAGAUGGAUUCGGCCCUAAUAUGGAUAUGAGUAAAAUGGUAGAGGAUUAUCAAACACCUCAACAUGAGUCAGUUGAAGAAAUGCCAAUUACAGCAGUUCGUAUUUGGUGGGUUCGAUUUGUUUGGUUAAUGACAUGGUGGAUUCCUUCUCCAUUUUUACGUUGGUUUGGAAAGAUGAAACGAGAAGAUGUUCAGAUCGCAUGGCGUGAAAAGGUGACACUAUGUAUACUUAUCUUUUUGUUCUCUUCUUUUACGAUUUUCAUUAUUGUUGGAUUGGGUGAAGUCAUUUGUCCUGGUACACGUAAUAUGUAUUCAACCGCCAAUGUACAAGCUCAUGGUAUCCCUGACGAUAUGUUUGUAAGUGUUCGUGGUACUGUUUAUGAUAUUACAAAUUUUGCCAAAAGUCAACAUGGCUCCUCCCCUUAUAUUGGUACACCUGAUUUGAUGGCUGAAGUAGCUGGUAUGGAUGUAUCCUAUUCAAUUCCACCGCCUUUGACCGUCGCCUGUGGUGGACUUGUUAGUUCUCCUACAAUCAAAAUUAUUCCAAAUAAUACGAUCAUUAUGACCAACUUUGUCCAUUAUUCUGGUGAUCAACGUACUCUUCCUACUUUGGCUAAAAUGGGCGACCCUCAAUGGUACUGGAAUUAUUUCUUACCUACCAUGAGCCUUUACAAAAAGGGUAAGGUUGUGAUUCCUAUCAGUACGCUUCAUGAUGACUAUCAAGGCUGGAGUCGACUUGCAUUGGCCAUUAAUGGCCGUGUCUAUGAUAUUAAUGAUUACAUGUCAACAACUAAAAUUUACGAUUCUGGGUCAACAUCUAAUGAUUAUCAUUUCCUACAUCCCACUGUAGAAGAAAUCUUUAGUAAAUUUAGUGGUACAGAUGCUACUGAUAAAUGGAAUCAAUAUCGUGGAUCCAUGACCCCUGAACAACAAGAGAUGAACAUGGCUUGCUUGGAUAACUUCUUUUAUAUUGGUGAUGUGGAUGAACGUGAUUCUUUCCGCUGCCUCUUUACAAAUUAUAUGUUGUUAGCAGCAGCCGUUUUGAUGUGUAUCGUGACAGGUGUCAAAUUCUUGGCCGCUCUUCAAUUUGGUGGAGCUCCAACACCAGAGGACCACGAUAAGUUUGUCAUUUGUCAAGUCCCCUGUUAUACAGAAGACGAAGAAUCGUUGAAAAAGACAAUUGAUUCAUUGACAGUUAUGAACUAUGAUGAUAAGCGCAAAUUAUUGUUUAUUAUUGCUGAUGGUAUGAUCAUGGGUAGUGGUAACGAUCGACCUACGCCACGUAUUGUACUUGAUGUUUUGGGAUAUGAUACCAAGAAUGAUCCUGAGCCUCUCAUGUUCAAAUCAAUUGGUGAGGGUUCUAAACAACUCAAUUAUGGUAAAGUCUAUUCAGGUCUCUAUGAAUGUGAGGGUCAUGUUGUCCCUUACGUUGUAGUUGUCAAGGUUGGUAAAGCCUCUGAACGUGCUAAACCUGGUAACCGAGGUAAACGUGAUUCUCAAAUGAUUUGUAUGAAUUUCUUGAAUAAGGUUCAUUUCGACAGUGAAAUGACACCACUUGAACUCGAAAUGUAUCAUCAAAUUAAGAAUGUCAUUGGAGUUAAUCCUUCAUUUUAUGAGUAUAUCUUGAUGGUGGAUUCAGAUACAGAGGUACUCCCUGAUGCUCUUAAUCAUAUGAUUUCUCGUAUGUUGCACGAUGGUCGCAUUAUCGGUCUUUGUGGUGAAACUAAGCUUGUCAACGAGGAUCGUUCUUGGACAACCAUGAUUCAAGUUUAUGAAUACUAUAUUUCACAUCAUCUAGCCAAAGCCUUUGAAUCCCUGUUUGGCGCCGUCACUUGUUUACCUGGUUGUUUCUGUAUGUAUCGUAUUCGAACACCUAUUAAGAAUGAGCCUCUCAUUAUUUCUCCCAAGAUUAUUCAUGACUAUUCUGAUAAUCAUGUUGACACACUUCACAAAAAGAACUUGUUACAUCUUGGUGAAGAUCGUUAUUUGACUACCCUCAUGAUGAAACACUUUCCUCAAUAUAAAAUGAAGUUUACCCCUCAUGCACAAUGUAAGACUGUAGCUCCUGAUCGCUGGCGUGUCCUUCUAUCACAGCGUCGUCGAUGGAUUAAUUCGACCAUUCAUAAUUUGUUUGAAGUUAUCUUAUUACCUGACCUCUGUGGCUUUUGUUGUCUUUCUAUGCGUUUUGUAGUCUUGAUUGAUUUGAUUGGUACAUUGACGUUACCUGUUUCUGUUGUUUAUUUAGUAUAUUUGAUUUAUGUCAUUGCCUCUAAAUCAGGUCCUAUUCCUGUUUUAGCUUUGGGUAUGUUAGCUGGUAUCUAUGGUUUACAAGCUGUCCUCUUUAUUCUUAAACGACAAUGGCAGCAUAUUGGUUGGAUGAUCUUUUAUAUCUUGGCUAUUCCUGUCUUUUCUUUCUUUUUACCUAUCUAUUCCUUCUGGCAUUUUGAUGAUUUCUCAUGGGGUAAUACACGUGUAGUCGUGGGUGAUAAAAAACAAAAGAAGAUUAUUGUUGCAGAUGAUGAAAAAUUCGAUGAGAAAAUGAUUCCAUUAAAGAAAUGGAGUGUUUAUGAACAAGAACUUUGGGAAUUAGGAUCAACUGGUACUAAAGAGACUGGAAAUACUUAUAGAAGUCAUCAAACAUAUGGUAAUCAAUCAGGUUUAUUUGAUAGUCGAACACAAUAUGCGGGAAGUCAAGCAGGUGAUUAUGAUUACUAUCGUGACACUAACGUCUCUGUAUAUGAUAAGCGAGGUACAAGAUCACAUAGUCCAAUGGGUUUUGGUGGUGGUUCAGUAGCAGGCUCAGAUUAUGGAGGAGUUGGUACACAAGAUUUCAUGAUGGCACCACCAAUGAUUCCAUCUGCAAUGUCAGUACAUAGUUUUGGACCUGAUUAUAACAAUGGAAGAUUAACUCCAAUGAUGAGUACUAAUAGUUUUAUGUUGAAUCAACCACAACAACCACAACAACAGCUAAUAAAUCAAAAUGACUAUGAUUUACCAAUGAGACCCAUAAGUCAAUUCUCAGUGCCUUUAUCUCAAACAGGAAAUAUGAUAUUACCACCAGGAUUCCCAACAGAUGAUGAAAUUCUAUCCGAAAUUAGAAAUAUUCUCCAGACCGCAAAUUUAAUGAGUAUAACUAAGAAACAAGUUCGUGAACAAUUAAGUGCUUUCUUUGGAUUUGAUAUGACGCCUAAAAAAGAAUACAUUAAUACCAGCAUUGAAUACAUUUUACAAGGUCGACUUUAAUUUUACAUAUGUACACAUAACAUUUUAUAUAGCAUAUUUUAGUAUCAAUAAUAAUGAUAAUAAUAAUAAUAAUAAAAAUAAUUAUAAAUUUUCAUUAUUUUUUAAUGCAG